AUGAUACGUCUCGUUCUCCUACUCGUUUCAUUUUCCGCAGUUUCCGCGGCGGUUAACGCAACCGUUGAGAAAUAUGUGGAGGAUGCGAUUUUUGAGGCGAUGGGAAAUGUGAACUCGGCCACAUCGGCGCCAUCUUCAGGAACUGCUGAGAAAAUUGUGUCUUCGCAAAUCGCUAACGCCGGAGCCAUCGAACUUCAGUUCACCGGUGAUAUUCUUGAAGAAGCCACCAAAAUUCUUGUCGCCAAAUAUGGUGUUGACAUUUUGCCAGCCGCCAAUGAAGUUCUCGAAGCCUGGAACGCCGAAUCCGCCGCCGCAGCAGCCACAGAUUCACCAAACUCCAGCUCGGAAUCGGACUCGAAUUCAAAUUCAGCUGACAGUUCCGAAGAAUCACGCUCCAAAAGAGAUGUAAAUUAUUUGUUCUGGUUGAUAUGAGCAAUAAAUGGAUUUUUGCAGGUUUUUCGAGUGAAACGCGGUGCCGGCGGGUAUACCAACACUGCCAGCAAUCAAACAUGCAGAGGACCACCGAAACGUUGUAAUGAUAGAGUACAGUGAGUGAUUUCGAUCCCUCCCAAACAAAACCUGCUCAUUUCUAGCGACCGCAUCCGCUCUAUCACUGGCUACUGUAACAACCGUGCCAACCCAACCCUCGGAAACGCUCUCACCUCCAUUCGUCGUCUCAUCGGCACAGUCUCCUACACCGACGGCCUUCAAACAAUCCGAAACCUCUCCGUCACUGGCUCCCCACUUCCAUCAACCAGAUACAUCUCCAACAAACUUCACGACGAAGGUGUCAACCCGCACUAUUCCCCAUCAGUUAACCAUCUUCAUAUGCAAAUCGGUCAAUUUAUUGCUCACGACGUCAUCUUUAUGCCAUCGUCAGUCGCCAAAGAUGGAUCAGAUCUCAAUUGUUUAUCCUGCUCUUCUCCAACUACAGUCUCCUCAAAUUGCGCACCAAUCCCAGUUCCAACUGAUGACGCAUACUUCAAGCAAAAUGGAACAACACCAAGAUGUAUCAGAUUGACUAGAUCUUUGAAUGGUCAAACUGGAUUCGGUGUCAGAACUCAAAUCGAUCAAAACACACAUUUCUUGGAUAUGUCAACUGUUUAUGGAAGUUCAGAUUGUGAAGCUCAAAGUGUUCGAAGCUUUGUGAAUGGACAACUCAAAGAAUAUACCACAUUGGGAUACACUUUGCCACCACAAAACUUCAAUGAUUCAAAUUGUCAAUCGACAAAUCCAUAUUAUUGCUUUACAGCCGGAGAUUUCAGAAACUGUCUUCAUCCAGCACUUCUGCCACGUGAGUUGUAAACUUUUUCCAUAUUUCUCCAAUCAGCCCCCAAUUUUUUCAGUCCACUCUCUGUUCAUCAAAGAGCACAACCGUCUCGCCACUCUUGCCAAACAAGUCCGACCCAACAUCAACGACGAAGACCUCUAUCAAUUCGUCCGACGAAUCAUGGUCGCCCUCUGGCAAAACAUCGUCUACACCGAAUAUCUUCCAAAACUUCUCACCGACAAAUAUCUCACCGAUUUCAAAUUGAAAACCACCGGUCAACCUGGAAUCUACAACAACAGUCAGAAUCCAUCGUUGUCUGCCGAAUUCACAGCAGCCGCUUUCAGAUUUGGACAUUCGCAGGCUAGACAGAACUUCACAAGACAAGAUGUGAAUAAUAAUACAAUUGGACAAUACGAUUUAGGAAACAAUAUCUUCUAUUCCGAUCAAGUGUAUCAAAAACAACUUGGUGGAUGGGAAACAAUGUUGAAUGGAUUGUUGAGAACCCCUGGAAUGGUUGCAGAUAGAUAUUAUUCAUUCCCAAUCAGAAAUCAAUUAUUCGAAACUCGCGGGCAACCAGGAAGUGGUGUUGAUUUGGUCGCUGUCAAUAUCAUGAGAGGUCGUGAUGUUGGACUUCAACCCUAUGUGAAAUAUCGAUCGGCUGCUGGUUUAUCUAGUGUUAACACUUGGAAUGAUUUGAGUUCUACAUUCAGUUCAACAAAUCUUGCCGCACUCAAAACUGUUUACGCUGAUCCAGCUGAUAUUGAUUUGUAUACUGGAUUGAUUAUGGAAACUCCAUUGACUGGCUCGCAAAUCGGGCCAACUGCCUCAUAUAUCAUUGCUGAACAAUUCAACAGACUCAAAACCGGAGAUCGAUUCUUCUAUGAGAACUUUGUGCCAAACACUGUUGGUUUCAGACCAGAGCAAAUUCAAGCAAUUCGACAAAUCAAAUUGGCUAAGAUCAUUUGCGAUAAUACUGGUAUUGUUAGCAGAGUUCCAUCGGAUAUUUUCGAUUUUACUUCAACACAAGUCGCAUGUUCGAGUUUACCCAGUAUUGAUAUCAAUUUGUUCUUCCUGUAG